AUGGACGAUUCAUUUUAUUUUGCUCUACUAAGAAUAUCUAUUGCUCAGAUCUUGAAAGCUAAUGGAUUUGACAAAUGCAAACCUUCAACUUUAAAUGUCAUGACAGAUUUAUAUUUACAAACCUUUCAAAAUGCCAUUAAAGAAUCACUCAAAUGUAGCAAUAUGCGAACAAACUCAAACUCUCCGGAGUUACAAGAUAUUACACAAGCUUUGAUCAAUAUAAGCCUUUUUAAGGCAAACGAAGUAACAAAAAUUCACGAUGAGUAUUUUGAGGAGAGUCGAUACAAUACCAAAUCGAUUGAGGCGUUCUACCAGUGGUGCAAAAAAAGUGAACCUCUUGCUAUAGAGAAAAAGUUGAAUGAGGUACCUAACACUUUGAUAAAGAAUUUGAUUGAAAAGAGAAAACUAGAUAUAGAUGAUGGGGAAUCUGAUCUAGCCAAGAGAAAGCGGAAGCAUAAAGAACGUCAGGAAUUCUAUAACCAAUUGAAAUUGAACGAUGAUCAAAGGCAUAGAGUGGAUGAAGACGAGUUGGAUGAGGAUGUAAUAACAGAAAAGGAUAAACUUACUUGGUUCAACUAUCUAAUUGAGAAAGACUUAAAGUUGGGCCAUGAUUUGAAAUAUUUGCACACGGAUCCAAUUAUAGUCAAAGAGUUUUUAAAAUAUCAAAAUAAUUAUAAAUUUCAUCCAGUGGGUGUAAACAACGACAAGGAAACAAAUACAAAUUGGGACAGAAUCCAAAAUCAUUUAAAGCAUUUGAAUAAAACGGACCAUAUUGUGUGUGAGGUGUCGCCUGAAGAGGUUGCUCCGAAUGAGAGCGAUAAAGACAUAUUGAAGUCAUUGACAAACGUCAGUUCUUUAUUACCAUACAACUUGAAGUAUGAUGAAAAUCUUUUGGAAGAGGAUUUAACAACGUUUAAUAGGGCAGAAGUAAUGCUGAAUGAAGAGGAAGGUAAGAAUGAUGAACCUCGACCCCUAGAUGAUGAAGUGGAACAAACAUCUCAUGUGAUGACCUUAAAUGAGGGCGAAGUAAAUAAUGAUGGUUUAUUAAUAGAUGAUGCUGGAAUAGGGGGUGAAAAUAGUUUAAUAUUUAUGUAA